GUCUUCUUACCUGUCCUGGCUUUUGUAUUUCAUUUUAUUAUAUACAUAAUUAUAAAACACACCUUAUGCAAGCAGAAUAGACUAAGUAAGCACGCUGCAGCUUUCACUUUUAUUGCAACGCACAUUAAUAUUACAAGCCAGACAAGGACUGUACCAUUUCUUCACCUUCCCCCGUCACACCUUUGUAAGUGGUUCCACCCGAACCUGCCCCCUGUAACACUACUCUCCUCCCUCCAACCUUCCCUUGCAACCUGGCCGGGACGUUUCACAGGAUCAAGGUACAGGAAGAGCUGGAGCCGGGGACACGAUUCUCUUCCCAGUGCCAGGAAUCCCAAGAAUUCCUGAAAUCCGAUCUUUUUAAGGCCUCUGCUCUGGAAAAAAGGUGCAUUUUUUUCGGGCGUGUUAAAAACAAACCACAUUUGAAUCCGUUUGAGCUGCAAACAAAUCUGCCUUUUCAGCUCAGCUUUCCGGCCCGAGAAUGAAUUUGCUGGAGUGUGCGACGCGCACAGAAAUGGAUUUGGGGGCUUCCUAGAAAAAGACUUUAUUGGAACUCGUAAUUUUUAGUUUCUCUAAGUUUGGCGGAUCGACUGCAAAAGAAUUUUCGUUUUUGCUGCUUAAAUAGACCAAGAAACUGAAGGGAAGAUUCAAUCAAUUAUCUUUGUGGAACUACAGGAUUUAAGUUCUUAGCAGUGUGGCUGCAUCCAUAGAGCUGCACAGUCCCCAUUCUGAAUCCUUUUUUUUUUUUUUUUUAGUUCUUAGGUUAAACUGUUCCAUUUACCACUACAUUUUUAAUGCAUAACUGAUCAUAUAUAUGGUGGCGGUGUAUUUUAUUGGAUAUAAAUAUAUUCGGUUAGUUGAGGUGUUUGCUUUUUAAGUUCAUUGGAGCCUGAAGUUGCAGAAGACGCACCAUGUUUCAGUUCGACUCCCCUGCAUACGAGGAUGUGCCCCGGCCUGCCUCCCCCGGUCCCCGGCUUGCCUCCCCUGUCCCCCGAUCUGGCUCCCCUCUCCUAUCCCCUGCGGCUUUUGUAAAUGCAGUGCAAUACGCUAACGUGCUGGAAGGAAGGUUCAAGCAGCUGCAAGAUGAAAGAGAAGCUGUGCAGAAGAAGACAUUUACUAAAUGGGUCAACUCUCACUUGGCGAGGGUCACCUGUAGAAUUUCUGAUCUCUACAAUGAUUUACGAGAUGGACGGAUGUUAAUUCGACUGUUAGAAGUGCUAUCUGGAGAGCAGCUGCCAAAACCCACAAAAGGUCGAAUGCGAAUCCACUGUUUGGAAAAUGUAGACAAAGCCCUUCAAUUUUUAAAAGAGCAGAAGGUACAUUUGGAGAACAUGGGAUCACAUGACAUUGUGGAUGGAAACCAUCGAUUAACCCUAGGGUUAAUCUGGACUAUUAUUUUAAGGUUUCAGAUCCAAGAUAUCAGUGUAGAGACAGAAGAUAAUAAAGAAAAGAAGUCUGCUAAAGAUGCCUUACUGCUUUGGUGCCAGAUGAAGACUGCUGGGUAUCCAAAUGUCAAUGUUCACAACUUUACCACCAGCUGGCGAGAUGGACUUGCGUUUAAUGCCAUUGUACACAAGCACAGACCAGAUAUAAUUGACUUUGACACACUGAAGAAGUCUAAUGCACACCACAACCUCCAGAAUGCCUUCAAUGUAGCUGAAAGAGAGUUAGGUCUUACUAAACUUCUGGAUCCUGAAGAUGUUAAUGUGGAUCAGCCUGAUGAGAAAUCCAUCAUAACCUAUGUGGCCACAUUUUAUCACUAUUUUUCCAAAAUGAAAGCCCUAGCUGUGGAAGGAAAGCGUAUUGGAAAGGUACUUGACCAAGCUAUUGAAGCUGAUCAGUUAAUUGAGAACUAUGAAGGACUGGCAUCAGAACUCCUGCAAUGGAUUGAACAGAUGAUCAUUACUCUCAAUGACCGAAAACUGGCAAACUCUCUAAGUGGUGUUCAGAACCAGCUGCAGGCCUUCAACACCUACAGGACUGUAGAAAAGCCGCCCAAGUUCACAGAAAAGGGCAAUUUGGAAGUUCUUCUCUUUACCAUACAGAGUAAAAUGAGAGCUAAUAAUCAAAAAGUGUAUACGCCCAGAGAAGGAAAGCUUAUAUCUGAUAUAAACAAGGCAUGGGAGCGACUAGAAAAGGCAGAGCAUGAACGUGAGCUUGCCCUUCGCAAUGAACUUAUACGCCAGGAAAAAUUAGAGCAGUUGGCUGCACGAUUUGACCGUAAAGCAGCCAUGAGGGAAACCUGGCUAAGUGAAAAUCAGAGACUUGUAGCUCAGGAUAACUUCGGUGUGGACUUAACUGCGGUGGAGGCAGCGCUACGGAAACAUGAAGCUAUUGAAACUGAUAUAUUGGCUUACAGUGAGCGCGUGCAAGCAGUGAAUGCAGUGGCUGAUGAGCUGGAAGCAGAGAAUUACCAUGAUGUCCGGAGGAUUUUGGCUCGGAAGUGCAAUGUGAUUCGUCUCUCUGAUUAUUUAAGAGAGCUUGUCACUGCCAGGAGGCAAAGGCUUCAUAUGAACCUAGAAUUGCAGAGGAUGUUCCAGGAUUUACAUUAUCUCAUGGACUGGACUGAAGAUAUGAAGGGCCGUCUGCAGUCAGAAGAUUAUGGCAAGCAUCUUCAUGGCGUGGAAGACCUUCUCCAGACUCACACUCUUGUGGAGGCAGACAUUGCAGUUCAGGCAGAACGUGUGAAAUCAGUUACAGCUGUAGCUCAGAAAUUUAUGACAGAAGAUGAAGGCUACAAGCCUUGCGACCCAGAGCUAGUGCGCAACCGGGUGCAUCUCUUGGAACAGCGCUAUGCAGAGCUGUGUAAUCUUUCUGCGGCUCGGAGAUCAAAGCUGGAAGAAUCCCGCCGUCUCUGGAAAUUUUUCUGGGACAUGGGAGAGGAGGAAGCCUGGAUCCGUGAGCAGAGUAGAUUACUACUUUCUGAUGACUAUGGGAAAGACCUUACCAGCUCACUUAGGUUGAUCAGCAAGCAUAAUGCCUUCAGAGGUGAGAUGAGUGGACACCGUGGGCCGUUGCAGCAGACUGUGGCUGAGGGUGAGGAACUAAUAUCCAAAGGUCACUUUGGUGCAGGAGAGAUUGAGGAAAGGAUAAAAGAAGUGAAAGGCCAGUGGACAGAGAUGGAGGCCUUAGCUGAAGACAGGGAAAGGAGGCUAAGAGAGGCCUACAGCUAUUAUCAGUUUCAAGCUGAUGCCAAUGAUGCUGAGGCUUGGAUCCUGGACACUUUACGCCUUGUUUCUACCAGUGAAGUAGGACAUGAUGAGUAUUCCACACAGACACUGGUGAAAAAGCACAAAGAAAUAGAAGAGGAGAUCCUUAGCCACCGACCAGCUAUUGAUGCGCUGCAUGAACAGGCCCGUGGCCUUCCACCUGCUUACUCUCAUUCACCUGAAGUUGAUGGAAGGUUACCAGCCCUGGAGCAGCGCUAUGAGGAAUUGGUGGCUCUUGCUGCUCACCGCAAGCAGGCUCUGCAAGAUUCUCUGGCUCUUCAUAAAAUGUUUAGUGAAGCUGAUGCUUGCCUUUUGUGGAUUGAUGAGAAAGAACAGUGGCUUAAUGUCACAGAGAUUCCAGAAAAACUUGAGGACCUAGAAGUAGUUCAACAAAGGUUUGAAACUCUAGAGGCAGAGAUGAAUAAUUUGGCAUCCCGGAUUGCAUCUGUAAAUGAAGUUGCUGGACAGUUGCUGACUACAGACCAGAGAAAUGAAAACAGCAUCCGAGACAUGCAAGAUCAACUUAAUUCUCGGUGGAAUGAAUUCCGCAAGCUUGUUGACCAAAAGAAGGGUGCUUUGGAUUCUGCUCUGGAUAUACAGAAUUAUCAUUUGGAGUGCAAUGAGACUGUGUGCUGGAUGAGGGAGAAGACAAAGGUUAUUGAAUCCACACAGAGCCUAGGGAAUGAUCUUGCAGGAGUAACAGCCCUCCAGAGAAAACUUACUGGAAUGGAGCGUGAUCUGAAAGCCAUUCAGGGAAAAGUGGGUGACCUGCGUUCAGAGGCAGAAAAGCUUGCAGAUGGGCACCCACAGAAAGCACCGGCCAUAAUUGGCCGCUUAUCAGAUAUUGAUGAGACCUGGGGAGAACUAAAGGACACUAUGAAAAGAAGAGAAGAAACUUUAGGUGAAGCAAGCAAGCUGCAGGGAUUUUUGAGAGACCUUGAUGAUUUCCAGAGCUGGUUGUCCCGGGCCCAGACAGCAGUGGCAUCUGAGGAUGUUCCAGCUGACCUAGCAGAAGCAGAGCGCCUUCUUGCACAACAUGAAGGCAUAAAAAAUGAGAUUGAUCAUUAUGGAGCUGACUACCACAGAGUGAGAGAUGUUGGUGAAGAAGUCACUCGUGGGCAAACAGAUGCCCAAUAUAUGUUCUUGCAACAGAGACUGAAGGCGCUAGACACUGGCUGGAAUGAGCUUGGACAGAUGUGGGAAAACAGGCACCAGUUGUUGUCCCAGGGUCACAGCUUCCAGCAGUUUUUGAAAGAUACAAAACAAGUGGAGGGGUUCCUUAAUAACCAGGAGUAUGUCCUUUCCCAUACCGAAAUGCCAAGUACGCUACAGGCAGCUGAAGCUGCCAUCAAACGCCAUGAAGAUUUCCUCACAACCAUGGAUGCCAAUGAAGAGAAGAUACAGGGUCUUGUAGAAUCUGGGAGGAAGCUAAUUGAGGAACAGAAUGUCAAUUCUGAGAAGAUUCAAGAAAAAGUCACUUCUAUUGAUGAGAGACACAAAAAGAACCAAAAAACUGCUAGCGAAGUAUUAACUCGUUUGAAGGACAACCGUGAUCUUCAACAUUUCCUUCAAGACUGUCAAGAGCUCACCCUCUGGAUCAAUGAAAAAAUGCUUACUGCUCAAGAUGUUUCUUAUGAUGAAGCUCGAAACCUGCAUAGCAAGUGGCAAAAGCAUCAGGCAUUCAUGGCAGAACUGGCCUCAAAUAAAGACUGGCUUGACAAAAUAGACAAGGAAGGGCAGCAGCUCAUGUCAGAAAAACCGGAGCUUGAACCAGUAGUGAGAGAAAAACUAGACACUCUGCAUAAGCUGUGGAAUGACUUGGAAUCUACCACACAAAGUAAAGCUCAGUGUCUGUUUGAUGCCAACAGGGCAGAGUUAUUCACACAAAGCUGUUCUGCUCUGGAGAGUUGGCUUCAAAACCUCGAGUCACAACUACAGUCAGAUCAUUAUGGCAAAGAUCUGACCAGUGUCAACAUCCUAUUAAAUAAACAGCAGAUGCUGGAGAACCAAAUGGAAGUGAGGGAGAAGGAGCUAGAAGCUAUACAGUCCCAGGCACAGGCCCUUGGACAGGAGGAUGCCAACAUAGUGGAGGUUGACUCAAAGCAUAAGGAUGUAGCAGAUAAAUUUUCCAAGCUGCGUGCUCCUCUAAACAAGAGAAGAAAAUUACUUCUAGCCUCCAAGGAAGGACAUCAGUUUAACAGGGACCUGGAAGAUGAAAUACUUUGGGUAAAGGAGAAGAUGCCAAUGGCAAUCUCCACUGAUCAUGGAAAAGAUCUCCCGACAGUCCAGCUUCUUAUCAAAAAGAAUCAGACACUCCAAAAGGAAAUUUUGGGACAUCAACCACGGAUUGAUGACAUCCUGGAGAGAGGCAAAUCUAUGAUCCAAGACAGCUCUCUGGACCCUCAAGAGAUAGAAGAAAGGCUUGGGCUACUGAAAAGCACAUGGGAAGAGCUGGCAGCAGAAGGAGGAAAGCGCCAUGCCCGUUUAGAGGAAUCUCUUGCUGCUCAGCAGUUUUAUGCUGAUGCGGCAGAAGCUGAGGCCUGGAUGGGAGAGCAAGAGUUACAUAUGAUGUCUGAAGAAAAAGCCAAGGAUGAGAUUGGUGCCCAGGCAAUGCUGAAGAAACACUUAGUAAUGGAACAGGCUCUUGAUGACUAUGCAGACAACAUCCAUCAGCUUGCCAAUUCAAGCCGCGACAUGGUCUCCAGAGGUCAUCCAGAAAGUGAUCGUAUUACCCUUCGUCAAGGGCAAGUGGACAAGCUAUAUGCCAGUCUUAAAGACCUGGCAGAGGAGAGACAAGGAAAGCUACAAGAGCACCACAGACUUUGCCAACUCAAGAGAGAUGUCGAAGACCUUGAGCACUGGAUCUCUGAACGUGAGGUGGUUGCAGCUUCUCAUGAACUUGGGCAAGAUUAUGAGCAUGUAACGAUGCUGAGAGACAAAUUCCGUGAGUUCUCCCGUGACACCAGUAACAUUGGUCAAGAGCGGGUGGAUGCUGUCAAUCUGAUGGCAGAUGAUUUAAUUUCAUCUGGACAUUCGGAAAAUGCUACUGUAGCAGAUUGGAAAGACCAGCUAAAUGAGGCAUGGGCUGAUCUUCUUGAGAUGAUUGACACUCGAAGUCAGAUGCUGGCAGCCUCAUAUGAACUUCACCGUUUCUACCAGGAUGCAAAAGAAACCCUAGGUCAGAUCCAAGACAAGCAGAAACAAAUACCAGAGGAGACAGGCAGAGAUCUGAAUACAGCAGAAGCCAUGCAGCGCAUGCACACCGCUUUUGAACAUGAUAUCCAAGCCCUGAGUGCACAGGUGAAGCAAGUCCAGGAAGAUGCUUCUCGCCUCCAAAAAGCUUAUGCUGGUGAAAAGGCAGCAGACAUUCAUCGCCAUGAGCAGGCAGUAUCGGAAGCUUGGGGAGAGUUGCAGAAUGCUAGUGGUGCCAGGCGGCAGCUUCUUCUUGACACUGUGGAGAAAUUCCGUUUCUUCAGAAUGGUGCGAGAUCUCAUGUUAUGGAUGGAUGAUAUAAACCUGCUAAUUGAUGCACAGGAGAAGCCAAGAGAUGUAUCCUCAGCUGAUUUAGUCAUCCAAAACCACCUAGGCAUCAAGGCAGAAGUGGAUGCGCGAGCUGACAGCUUUACUACAUGCAUAGAUCUUGGCAACUCUCUCCUAGAGAAGAAUCAUUAUGCCUCUGACAAGAUUUCAGAGAAACUGGAGCAAUUGCAGGAAAGAAGGCAGGAGACUGAAAACAAAUGGAAAGAUAAAAUGGCAUGGCUGAGAGUUGUCCACGAAGUGCUGAUGUUUGGAAGAGAUGCAAGUGUAGCUGAGGCUUGGCUGGCCAGCCAGGAGCCCAUUGUCCGGUCGUCAGAACUUGGUGGCAAUGUCGAUGAAGUAGAAUCCCUGAUAAAAAGACACGAAGCCUUUCAGAAAGCAGUUUCUACAUGGGAUGAGAGAUUUGUUCUUCUUGAAAAACUAACCACGUUAGAAGAAAUUGAAAUGCGUCGGAAGCGGGAAGAGGAAGAAAGAAAGAAAAGACCACCAACACCACCUCUACCAGUAGAAGAGCCUCGAGAGGAAGUUGUAAAAACCCAAGUUUCCCAGACUAUUGAAGGGCAGACUGAUCCAGCCAAUAUACUUCAAGAAAGGAUAAAUGGCAUGCAGAAUUCAUUCCAGGAGCAAGUAUCUGUUAAUGGACUGUGCACAGAGUCUGAUUCUCCACAGCCAUCGUCCGAUACACAGAGGUUAGAAGACAGCAUCUCUGAAAAUCAGGGUCCGGAACAGUCAGAUGUAACCAAUGGAGCCAGGACUGAGGUUAUUACCAAAGAUGGAAGUCCAACACCUUCUCCACAACUUGUGGCUAGGCCAACCUUCUCCCCGAUAAACCUCCAGUAUUCUACUUUGCCAUCUAGCCCCACUGAACCAUUGGCAUCUGAGCAAAUGGAAGGAAUGCUGCACCGCAAGCAGGAAAUGGAUUCUCACAACAAGAAGGCUGCGAACAGGUCCUGGCAGAAUGUUUACUGUGCACUGAAAAGGGGCAGUCUGGGUUUCUACAAGGAUGCUAAAAGUGCAGCCAGUGGCGUUUCUUAUCAUUCGGAGCCCUCCGUCCAACUUAAUGGAGCCCAGUGCAGUGUUGCUCAUGACUACAAGAAACGCAAGAAUGUCUUCAAGCUAAGCCUUCUUGAUGGCAAAGAAUAUCUGUUCCAAGCUAAGGAUGAGGCUGAAAUGAGUAGUUGGAUGCGAGUUAUAAACGCCUCCCUAACUUCCUCCCCGGGAGACCCCUCAGACCAUUCACCGGGCAUCAUGAAGGGUAUGACCCGGGCCAUGACAAUGCCACCAGUAUCACCCAACAGUGGUACAGAGGGAUCAGUCACAUUGCGCAACAAGGACGGGAAAGAAAAAGACCGGGAAAAGAGAUUCAGUUUCUUUAAGAAGAAGUAAAUUUCUUGUUUUUCAGACACUUAGCUGUUUCUGAUUUGUCACUUCUACCAAGGACCAGUCAUACCAACAGCAUGGGACCUGUGGAAGCGGGUGGGGUCAGUUUAAAGGGAGAGAAGACCACUGCAACAUUUUAUAUAUAUAUAUUAUAACACGCACCUCCAAUGAUGAACAGAUAUUAAAGCCCUUAAGAUGCAAGCAGUGAGGCAGCGGAUCUGGAGGUGGCUUUUGUGACCCUCGCAAUGAGGUGUAUGAGCAGCUCGUGAGGGGGUUGUUUAUCCAUCGCCAUUAAAGUUUUUCGUCUCCACGGGGGUCUUUCAUUGUUGUUGCGCGCAUGUCCAGAUAUAGCCUCUAACAUGGCAUUGGGAGUUAGAGAUGCAGUCCACAGUUAGAUGCAUUUUGACAUGACUGUGACUGAUACUUUGAGAACUCUUAUGCUUAAUCUGAAACACCAACAUGACAGGUAUGGUGACACGCCACAACCGGCACAAACUCAUCUAGGUCUGCCAAAUGCUUUGCCAGGAAUUGUUUUCAGGUAUAAGACUGUAUUUCUUAUAAAACGCUGUUGCAAUACAAUAACAAAGUGUCAAUUAUGUAAAAAGUGCAAUUGGUUAUUAUUACUGUAUAUGCACAUCAUACACUGGUAUGCAGGCAACUAAACGAGCUCCUUUAGGUUGGUAAGUGCAGAAUAUAUUGUGACAUAUGCCUAUAUAUCACCCUAUAAGUAUGCACCGACCUAUUAAAGGGAUAACAAUUCCGUUGUCACUGAUGGAAAUAAUUCUUCUCGCUCUCCUUCUCUUUCCUGCUAUUACAUUAUAGAACAGGGAAUGCUACAAAGUAUGAAGUAAUAUUCACAAUCUGCCCAAAGGUUUUUGCUUCACAAAAAGAUAAAAACUAUAAAUUCUAAAUCAUUUGCAAUAUUAAUUUUUAUCUAUAAAAUAAAAAAAAAUAUUUUAAAGCGUGAA